CGGCGGAUGCGGGGACUGACAAGCCGAGUGAGGCGAGGGGCUGCGGCCGGGUCUGACUCAGCCUCCUGCCCCCGCGUCGCCUUCCUGUAAGCCUCGACCCCCGUGUGUUGGAGGUGUUCCAACAGGUGGCGCUGCGACGUCGUGGACCUCCUUCAGCCGUGGUGUCCCUCCGCGGUCCUACUGCGCAAGCGUGAGCCCUAGCGGUGUCCCUCCGCGCUCUCGCGCCCCACCUAGUGUUGGGUUGGACGCCCGUGUCCUUCCGCCCGGGGCUGGCGAUGCCCCCGCGGCCCUAUCCUCAGACGCUCGUUACCCUCGAGCUCAUUCAUCCACCCGGCGUUUGAACGCUUAGCCGCCCAGGGAAUAAUCCAGGCUGCCCCUCCUGCAGCCCUCUUUGACCCCCGAUGUACCGCAGGGAAGCGCCCGUGCUCACGCAGUCCUCCCCGGCCGCCCUGUACAACAACCUGUGCGUGCUGCCCCUGCCCGCCCCGGGGCUGACCCAGUUUGCGCUGGUCCACGGGCCCAGCGUCCGGCUCCUCAGUGCAGCCUCGGACGGCUUUCCCGUGUCCCUGCGGGAGCUGCACGCCAAGGAGGGGGCUGGGCUGAGCUUGCCCCUCAUCACGCAGGCCUACUGGUGCGUCCUGCCUUUCCGGGUGUUGCUAGUGUUGACUUCGCAGAGAGGCAUACAGAUAUAUGAGUCAGAUGGCUCUGUCAUGGUCUACUGGCAUGCCCUGGACUCUGGUAAUGCCCCCCCAGCACAGGCCCUGUUUGCCCGAGGAAUCGCUGCCAGUGGGCACUACAUCUGUGUAGGGACAUGGUCUGGCCGGAUCCUGGUGUUUGAUGUCCCAGCCAAAGGUCCCAACAUUGUGCUGAGCGAGGAGCUGGACGAGCACCGGGUGCCGAUCACGGCCAUUGCAGCUGAGCCUGCUCAGGGCCAGGACUGUGUAGCUGAUGUGGUGACAGCUGAUGAUUCAGGCCUUCUGUGUAUCUGGAAGUCAGGGCAAAAAUUUAAGCUGCUGACCCGAAUCUCAGGAUUUGGGACUCCCUGCCCCUCAGUCCAAUUGUGGCAAGGCACUGUAGCUGCUGGUUAUGGGGACGGGCAGAUCCGCAUCUAUGAAGCCAGCUCAGGGGCCCUGCACGUCCAGAUCAAUGCCCACGCCCGUGGUAUCUCCGCCCUUGACUUGGCACCUGAGGCGGGCAAGCUGCUCUCUGGGGCUGAAGACUCCUUUGUGCAUAUCUGGAAGCUAAGCAGAAAUCCAGACAGUGGCUGCAUUGAGGUGGAACACUGCCAUUCAGAAUGUGUGACCGACACUCAGGUGUGUGGGGCCCGAUUCUGUGACCCCAGGGGCUCUUCCUUUGCUGUGACUGGCUAUGAUGUGGCUGAGAUCCUAAGAUACAGCUGUGUGUGAGGAGAGGAGGAGGCAGGGCUGCCUGACAUCAGCCACAAGCUGGGAAGAGGGAGCCCGGAGAGCUUUCCCCCAGGUUAUGAGCCCCUCCCAUUUGACAUUUGUGAAAUGGUACCUCCAACUGUUAUAAUAAAGGUAUGACAGGACCCCCAA